AUGGAGAAACUGUUCCAGAUCAGAAGAACCUUCCUCAAGUUUCUGACAAAACAACCUGCGACUUUGGUAGUAGCGUUUCAGAACCCAACUCCUAGUCCUUGUCGAUCGCCGGCACGAUUGGUUUCCAUAAUUCCCAGGGAAGCACGAAGGAAGCGCCGAGGCGAGAGCUUUAGCACGAAAGAGCCCACUUCUCCCAAAGUAUCGUGCAUGGGCCAAGUUCAAGGCAAGAAGAAAAGGAAGGCCCGGAAACAGAAAAGGGCCCAGACCCAGGCCCAUACCCAGAAGGAUUCAACAAAACCCGUUGACUCUGUUGGAGAAUUGAAGAAGAUUGUGCUUUGGAUUCGGAAGGGAAGUGACGAAGGACAAAAGCAUAAGGUUUUGGAAGAGAAGAGAGUGGAAGCUCCAUCGUUGAAUACAAUGAAAAAGUUUGCCAGUGGAAGAGGAUCCUUGUAUGAUUUUGAUGUUACAAUUGCAGAAAGGUGA